AAAAAAAAUGAUUGACAGUCGACAGAUGACUCAAAAUCAAACUGAUUUGACAGACAUAGCUUCCCGAAAAAUAAGUCUGUUUUUCUUUUGAUAAACAUUCUUUUUUCGAAAACAAAAAAAGAAUGGUGGGCGCGAUGCCUGUUGAUUUAAUACCGAAAUUUUGCAACGGUGGCAUGGACAGUUUGAAUGGUGGUGAGGACUGUGAAUACCAAGUGUCAGUUGGCAGUCGUGUAAAAUGUAAUGAUGAUUUUGGAACCGUAAAGUAUAUAGGGGAGGUACAGGGAUAUAAAGGGAUUUGGUACGGCGUAGAGUGGGAUAACGCUGAUAGAGGCAAGCAUGACGGCUAUGUUGAAGAUGUGCAGUACUUCAAAACUACCAAGCAAGGCUCUGGUUCCUUUGUACGUCCGAACAAAAUUGCUCCGCUCAAAACUUGUGCUGAAGCCAUUCGCAAGUAUUAUGGUGAUCGAGAGGAUGAGACGGUGGCAGCCCAUCGCAGAACAGUGAUCAAUGAGUGGAAACGUGAAAUGGGUGCACCUUUCAUUGAAAUGGUCGGCUUUGAGAAGAUACAUCAAAAACAAAAAUUCGAUCGCCUCCUCGAAGUCUGCGUCCACGAUCAGAACGUCGCUAAAGCUGGCGACGUAGCACUGUUAUGCCCUAACGUAAGAAGUCUGGACGUAUCGCAGAACCUGUUCUCCAACUGGCGAGAGAUCAUCCAGCUCUCAGCUCAACUGCCUGAUCUCAGAGAAUUGGACGUUAGCAAGAACCGCAUGGCCAUAGACAUUCCAGAAGAAACCUUAACCCAACUGUCAAUAAAUUUCUCCAUCUUGGAAAAGCUAAACAUAUCAGUAUGCGACUACGAGUGGUCGGAUAUCAUCGCCCUCUCACACCUGUGGCCGAAGAUAACCGAAAUCAUUGCAGCAUAUAACAGAAUAAAGAUUAUAAAUCCACCUGACGUCACUCUACAUACCAUGACAGUAUUAAGACUGGAUGGAAACCCCAUAGAUUCAUGGUACGAGGUGAUGAAUCUUGGCAGGUUAAAGAACCUGAAGGUGUUGAGUUUGAAUGACUGUUAUAUCGAUCAAAUAAGGUUUGGUGAAAAUCAAGUGAACGGGAAGGUGGAUGUUUUUGAAAACCUCGAGGUGCUGUUUUUGAACAGGGAUAGGAUUAAUGAUUGGAGAUCGGUCAGCGAACUAAACAAACUGAAAUCUUUGAAGAAGCUAUACUUCCUAAAGAACCCUGUACAGAAUAAUGAAGACUAUGACACCGGCUCACAACUUAUUAUGGCUAAAAUUGGGAACCUGCAGGAACUUAACGGCUCGGUUAUAACACGUGAACUGCGUCGCGGAGCGGAGUAUGACUACAUGAAGCGUUACGGAGCGGAGUGGAAGUCGGCGCAGAGCGACCCUCAGAAGAAGAUUGCCUUCGAUCUGGAGCACUGUCGAUUCCAGGAACUUGUUAACAAAUACGACAUACCCGACGACAGUCUACUAGUCAAACAACCAAAAACAACCACACUCACUUCACAGCUAUUGGAAAUAACACUGAGAGAUGAAAACGGGAAAUCGUUGAAGAAGAAAUUCCCCUCCACAAUGGCCGUACAGAAACUGGUAACACUGGCGCAGAGACUUUUCUCCAAAGGCAACACCGGAACACCGACGCUACAUAUAGUAGAUGAACAGAUGAAAGGCGCCGAAAUUAUAUUGGACAACGUUAUGAAAGAUUUAGCAUUUUUUUCCAUCAAGAAUGGCGACACAGUUGUCAUAAGAUUCAGAUAAUGUGCUAAUCAUGUCACCUCUUACUAGCAACACAAAUUAAGAUUAAAAAAAAAAUAAUAAGGCUAUCUGCAGCCAAUAAUUUAAAGAAAUCAUUUAUUUGUAAUAAAAAUAUUCCGAGUCUAGAUCCCAGAGCCGUCUUAUAUUAAAAAAAAAACGAUGUAAUCGAGUUUGGACAUAAUAUGUACUUUCAGAAUACAUAACAAGCAAAGUUAAACUUAAAUAAUAUAAGACUGCUUUUAGUUAUGUUCGUUAGUACAUAUUAUAUUCAUGGGAAAGGCUAAGAUUUUUGACAGUUGGUAUUGCUAAUCUGUCGUGACCAAUGACUACAGGAUCAAUUAAAACGUCAUAGACAAAUAACACUUAUAAUUCUGCUCAGUAAUUAAAUAUGCAAUUACAACAAAACAUUUUAACCGGUAUAAUAUUUAAUCUACUCAGAAGUGUGGAAAGUUAAAUGUUCACGCUAAGCUAUAUGACUAUUGUAUCUUAUUGUACCUUAUUGUACCUAAUUAUUCCACCGAACCUUAGUCAUUGGUCGUGAUCUGUCAUUCCAUACAAGUAACGUCAUGAUGACAGAAGCAAUAGUUUGACAGGGGCUGUCACAAGAAUUAAAGUAUUACUCUUCAGAUCCGUGAAAUAAUAAGAAGCCAGUUUAUAAAAUAUGUUAAAUAAAAAAAAACUCAUGCUUGGAA